GUUAUAUAAUAAACCGAACAUUUCCGCAUGAAGAAAAUGGCAGCCUCCAUGAAAGAGAAAAACAACAAAAAUAAAUUUUACGUUUAUUAACGCUAAUUAGACUCAUUUGAAUUAAAACUAAAAUAAUGAACCAGUUACGUAACCGAACGAUUUUAUCUGCAGGACGAUGUUAUCCCCUGUUUUCUCAGAUGAAAUGUUUUACAAAAAGUCUUCAGACAACAAGACACUUGAUCACAACACCUCUUUCCUUACCUGUGAAGAGAAGUUUUACAACAGAAACCAGUCGGAGGACUAUACCUAAAAAGUUUAAAAAGCCAUUGUUGCCAUUUGAAAUUGAAACUAAUGCUGUUAAUGAUAUUUUACUGUUUACUUAUCACAAAAAAGAACGCUUGGUCAAAUUGAUUUCAUUUGGUGGGCUAUUUUUAUGUUGUGUGCUUUUAAACAGUUCAGAACUGACUUACAGAUUCAUAGGUCAUUUUAAAACUGCACCUUCAGAUGAGGUAUACCCAUGGUAUUAUUGGUGGAAAUCCAUUAAUUUUGAUUCAAACAUUAUAAAGAUUGGGGCUGCAGGAUUUAUAGGAUGCUUUGCUUUUGUUGUUCUUGGUUUUUCACUUGCAUACCCUACACGAAUGGUACGUGAAAUAACACUACUGAAAGGAGGAGAGAAAAUUCUAUUGCAAACUUACAGACCGUUUGGCAUGGUAAAGGCACAAGAAGUAUCAUUAAAAGAUGUUUCAGCACUGUGGGGACCUAAAGAGGCAAAAAGUUACCUCCCCUUAAAAAUAAGAGGCAAAAAAUUUCCUCUGCUUGUGAGCCAGGAUGGACUAUAUCAUAACAAGACUCUUUUUGAUCAAACUGUUGGAUUAUACAGGUUUUAAAAGAAAUAAGGAACAAUUUUAUAGACACGUUGUUACUUCAGUCUUUUUACUUACUGUUCACAUUCACCUGCUUGUAUCAUAUGAAAUAUAUUUCCUGUAAAAAUGUUAUUCAGUUAGAACUUUUAACCCAAUUUAGUCAUUUUUUAGCCAGGGUGGAUUAUUAGUAAAGGUAGAUUGUCUUGCAUCUAUUGUCCACUAUUUACGCAAAAUCUCCCCUGAAAUUACGGGUUAAAAUUGCACCAAACUUGGUCUGUAACAUCCUAGCAAGGUCCUCUCUCAAAUGGUUCUGCUUGACUGCCUAUGUGGGCUGCAAGAGAUAGAAACAUUUUAGAAUUUAAAUACUUCUUAUGAACCGCUUGAUGGACCUUAACGAAACAUGGUCUAUAGCAUUGUUAAAAGGUCCUUGAUCAAAUUUGACCCAAUAGGGGCACUUUGCCCCGUGUAGGGGCUGCUAAAGCAAGAAACAGAAAUAUCUUUAAACAACUUCUUUAGCUUGACUAUUCGAAGAGUAGGUAGGGCUAUUGGACUCACCUGCACAUCGGCAUCCGAGUCCAUGUCCCGAUUUGGUUUAGUUUUUGUAAGUUAUAUGGUAUCUCAGAUACCAUUUGUGGCAAUGGAUGGACACUUGACUUGCACUGCACAGUUUCCAUUACUCAGUUUUGCUUUUUAUUCUAUGAAAUUAUGCUCCCUUAUUGACUCAACACUUUGGUUUAAUUUUGAGUGUAAGCUGGUACCAAGCAGCAAAUUUUUGUUUACAUGUAGUUUUGUAUGUAAGCUGGUAGCUUGGUACCCACAGAUUGGAAUAGAUUGAAACUUCACACAUUUGUCCACUGUGAUGAGCUGACAUGCAGUCUUCAGGUUCCAUACCUUUGUAUUGCAUUUUUAGCUAAGUGUUCAAGGUGAGGUAUUGUAACCGGUCAUUGUCUGUUGUGCAUCAUCCGUCGUCUGUCAACAUUUGCCUUGUGAACACUCUAGAGGCCAAAGUUGUGACCCAAUCUUUUUGAAACUUGGUCAGAAUGUUUGUCUUGAUGAUCUCUAGAUCAAGUUUGAAACUGGGUCAUAUGGGAUCAAAAAAUAGGUCAGUAAGCCAGAUCAUGUUUGUGAACACUCUAGAGGUCACAGUUGUGACACUUUAUGAAGUUUGGUCAGAAGACUCAGAACGUUUGUCUUGAUGAUCUCUUGGUCAAGUUCGAAUCUGGGUCAUGUGGGGUCAAAAACUAGGUCACCCGGUCAAAACAAAGGAAAAGCUUGUGAACACUCUAGAGGCCACAGUUGUAAAUCAAUCUUUAUGAAACUUGGUCAGAAUGUAUGUCUUGAUGAUUUCUAGGUUAAGGUCGAAACUGGGUCAUAUGGGGUCAAAAACUAGGUCAGUAGGCCAGAUCAAAGGAAAAUCUUGUUACAAUCCUGGAGACCACAAUUUAAGUUUGAAACUCAUGAGAAUUAGUCAGAAUGUUUGUCUUUAUGACAUCUAGGUCAAGUUCGAAUCUGGGUCAUGUAAGGGUAAAAAACUAGGUCAUCCCAUCAAAUCAAAGGAAAAGCUUGAUAACACUCCUGAGGCCACGUUUAUGACCCAAUCUUCAUAUCUGGGUUAAAAAACUAGGUCACCUGUUAAAAUGAAAGUAAAACCUUGUGCAUGCAUUAGGGGCUGCAUUUUUCAUUUGAUGUGCAUGAAACAGAAUGUUUGUCUGCAUAAAACUUGGAGAAAUUUUUAUGUUGGUCAUGUUGGGUCAAAAACAAGGUCACCAGGUCAAAUCAAAGAAUAAGCUUGUUUACCCCCUAGGUGGUACAUUUUUGAUUCUAUCUUCAUAAAACUUGGUCAGAAUAUUUUGUUAUCAUCAAAUCUCGAGUGAUUUCAAAUCUGGGUCAUGUGGGGUCAAAAACUUGGUCACUAGGUCAAAUCAAAGGAAAGGCUUGUAUAUACUCUAGAGGUCACUUUUUUUGCUCCAGUCUUCCCGAAACUUUGUCAGUGUUUUUUAAGAAAUUUUGGAGGUUUGAAUCUGGGUCAUGUGGAUUAAAAAACUAGGUCAGUAGAUCAAAUCAGAGAAAAUGCAUGUUUAUACUUAAGAGGCCACGGUUUUUGGUCCAAUUGUAAUGAAAAUUGGUCAGAAUAUUUGUCUCUAUGAAAUCACUAGGUAAAAUAUGUUUGCACCGUUAUGGUGCGUUUCUCAGGUGAGCGACCUAGGGCCACCUUGGCUCUCUUGUUACAAAAUUGUGCCCCUUUUUCAACUUUUAUAUAAAUUCAUUUGACAAGGCUUUUGGUUUCUGUCCUUCAACAGCUCUUGUACAGUCAACCACUUGCUGGAACUUUAACUCAUUCUGCAGCAUCACUAAAAGGUCAAAUGAGGGCACUCACUCCUUUUAAGGGCUACAGGGACUAAGAAUAGUAAUACCUUUUUUAUGUACCACUUGAUUUGUCUACAUCAAACAGUCUGCAGUCUCAGUUUAAGGACUUCAUCCAAUUUAAUUCUUGGGUGCCCCAUUUAGGGGUUGUUAAGAGCUAAAACAGAAAUACCUUUAAAUAGCUUCAUUUCACAAAUCUCUUUGUCCGACUUAAUCAGUAAGAUCAUAAAGUCUUCUACCAAUUUUUCAUAUACGUGGGCACUGGGUCCCUAGUGCUAAAAUCUAAGUACAAAAUGACUUCUUUUCAUGAAUGCAUUGAUGGAUCUUUAUCAAACUUGGUAUGAAGCACCACUGUAUGGUUAUCUGUCAAUGUUUUUCAAAUGUUGAGACCUGUCCUCUUUUCGAGGCCACUGGUGUUGAAGAUGGAAAAGCUUUGAAAGGACUUCUCAUGAACAGCAUUAUGUUGAUCUUCAUCAAACUUGGUCUGUAGUAUCAUUAUGUCCUCUUUCAAUAGGAGCUGCACAAGUGAAAAAAGAAAUACCUUUAAACAACUUCUACUCAUAAACCGUUUGUUGUAUCUUCAUCAGACUUGUCUGGUAGGGUCAAUUUAGGUCUUCUCUCAAAUUUUUCAUAUCUCGGGGCUCCUCAAGGGGUCUCUAGAACUAAAGAUGCAAAAGCUUUUACCACUUAUCUCGUGAACUGCUUGAUGGAUCUUCCAUCAGACUUUGGUCUGUAGCAUCAUUUAUAAGGUCUUCUCUCAAAUUUGUUAAAAUGUGGACACCUGGACCCUUUAUGCGUCUGCUUAGAGAUAAAGAUAUAAAAAUGUUUAAACAACUUUAUCAUUUUGUGAACAUUAUUGGUCUUGAUCUGUAGCAUUGUUGCAAAUUUAUUGAAUUGGGGAUAUCUAAUACUUUUAAUUGGCUGAAAUGUUUGAGUAAUUCAGGUGGUGUGUCAACAAAUAACAGGCUUGACAUUUUUGGGCUUUAACAUUUUAGUAUUUAAAUGGGAACACUUGGUCCCUUUUAGGGGUGGCUAUAGCUAAAAGUAGAAACACCCUAAAACAACUUCUCAUGAUCGGCUUAAUGGACCAUCAUACAACUUAGUCUGUAGCAUCAUCACAAGGUCCACUAUUAAUUUUGUUUACAUGGGGGCAUUUUCCUAUUUUUAAAGAGGCACUUAAGCUGAAAGUAGAAAUGCCAUUAUGUGAAGCACUUGAUCUUCAUCAAACUUGAUUCUGUAACAUUCUUAUCAAGUCCUCAAAAGUUAUUCCAAUGGGGCCACUGGCCCCCUUUAAGCAGACACUAGAGCUAUAAGUGGUAAUAUCCUUAGACUUUUUCCCUUGAAUUGCUUGGUAAAUCUUCAUUUUACAUGGGAAUAUAGUGUCCUUGUAAUGUCCUCUCUCAAAUUUGUUCACUUUGGGCACUUCGCUUGUACUAUACAUAUGAUUCAGUAUGUCAUAGAUAUAUCAGGUUGAACAGUCAAUGUGAACUGAGCAACUUAGGGCUACCAUGGCUCUCUUUUCCAUAGCUGUGAUAUCUAAAUGAAGAUUUUAUUCAACUUUAGAGAUGAUCAUGUCUUUCAUUUCCACAUAUCCAUACAUGUAAAUCAAAUCAAACUAGUUUCUUUUUAUGUAGAUUUUAUCACUGAAAGAGCUUUCUAAUUAGAUAUGAUAGAGGUUAUUGGUAAAUAAUUUACAACUAUUACUAGUAUUAUGAUGUACACCAAUAUGAACUGAAUAUUCAUCUUCCAUAUAUGGCAGAUAUUUCAUUUAAUUUGUAUCCAGAUAUUUUGAUUUUCAUUUAUGAUUUAUUAAAUUUGAAAUGGUAA